AUGGCUAUAGGAAAAGAAAUGUCUUGUGUUGCUUUCAUUUUCUUGAUUAUGCUAAUAAGCGCUGAUGCAAGAGUCCUGCUGCAAAACGAAGAAAACCAAAAAAGUCUGUUUUUGCAAGGAGCAACUAUAGCCAGAGUGACUCCGGGAGGACCAAGUCGUGACCAUCACUAUCUCCAACCACUUUCCGAGAUAACCAUAACAAGAGUGACUCCAGGAGGACCAAGUCGUGACCAUCACUAUCUCCAACCAUUUGCCGAGAGAACCAUAAAAAGGCUUUCACCUGGAGGACCAAAUCGUGAACACCAUUAA